AUGUCGCCGCUUUACAGCUGUCCACUGUCGCAGAGACGAGGGAGUUUCUCUAAAAAAUGCAUACCUACAGCAACAGCGAAAGGACCUUGUCACACGUGCGUUUGUAAUUCAGAAGCUGUGUUUGAAUGUCACGCUACUUGUCAGAUACCGAAAAAUGUGAAUCCAAGAAAAUCUGUCAAAGACGAAUGUCAAACGUAUAUGAUGUAUAAAUUAGGAGAACUCUUCUGUACGUGUAACUAUAAUGGAAGAUGGAUGUCUUAUAACUGCAGAGAAACUUUUCAAUAUCUUCGAACCAAUGAAAUUAUGGCCAAAGAUACCUUAAGAUCAAAUAUUACUUUACCUUCGACCCAUUGGAGUCACGUCAAACAUAACGAAUUGCCAGAGAUUCAAAAAGGACAGAGCUGUGUGCCCGGUAAAAUAUAUAAAAUGUCCUGCAACACGUGCAGAUGCGGAGACAAGGACACCCUUUUGUGUACCAAAAUGGCUUGUCUGGAGAGAACGAUACUAAAAGGAGUUGGAGAUGUUAGAAAAUAUUAUCGAUUGAACAUAAAAAAGAAAAGAUAUAACAAAUCGAAUAAGAAAACAGAGAAAGAAAUGCUUAAGAAAAAUAAAAACAGUUUACCACAAUUGCCCGAAGGCGACUGUGUUCCUGGUAAAAUGUACAAGAAAGGUUGUAAUAAAUGCUUCUGCAACGAUCAAAAAGUGGCUGUCUGUACGAAGAUUUGCAGAAAAGUAUUAUCCAAUCGUGUAAAUGAUGAAGAAAUCGCUCAAAUCGAAACUCGUUCAGCGAUAGAUAUACCACAGUUGCCACACAUGGGCACUGAAUGUGAGCCUGGAAAAGUAUAUCGCGUGUCGUGUAAUCUUUGCUUCUGUUCACAAGGACAUAACCUCCUUUGUACGAUGAAAUAUUGUUUGAAUGUGAACGAUUAUGCGGAACUCCAUGCCCACAAACUCACAGGGCAGCCAUGUACAGAGGAUUACAAUGAACUUUGCAGUGAAUGUAAAUGUGUAAACAAUCGAAGCGAAUGUAAUGCGAUAGACCGAUGUACUCCGUCCGACAUACAGACAUUGUCUUCGACUCGGGCUAAAAUAAAAUUAACCCUCGAUGUCAAGAAGGAUACCUGUGAACCUUUAGCGUCUUAUAAAAUCCAUUGUAAUGAUUGCUACUGCCAAUCGGACGGUACUUUACGGUGUACUCAGAAAGUCUGUCUAAAUUAUUCGCAGACAAAGAAUUUGCAGGAGAGAGAAACUUAUUUGGAAAAACAUGGUCUCUAA